AUGCUAGGUCCAGAAAAGUGGCAUAACGAUUAUCCUCUUGCUAAUGGUCAUUACCAAUCUCCAAUAGAUAUAGAAUGUAGCCAGCAAAUCUUUCAACAAGAUUUACUUGAUCAUCCACUGAAAAUCACUUAUUCUCCAUGCUCGGAUAGCCUACUCACCAACACGGGUUCUUCCUUUAUGGUUGCUCUUGGUCAAGAUUGUGUAAUUCAAGAUGGACCUCUAAGCUAUGAAUAUGAGCUAGUUCAGUUUCAUGCACAUUGGGGAAAGGAAGAUUAUCGUGGCUCUGAGCAUACCGUUAAUAAGACAUCACAUGCAAUGGAGAUUCACUUGGUCCAUUGGAAUAAAACCCUGUACAAGAAUGUCACCGAAGCUUUUAGCCAACCGCACGGUUUAGCGGUAAUCGGAGUCUUUACCAAGAUUGGAUCUCAUCAUGAUAAGCUUCAAGCCAUUGUUGAUCAACUGCAUAAAAUAACUCAUCAGAAUGAUGAAGCUGUUAAGAUUAGCAGUUUUAACCCCGAAGACUUAUUACCUAAUCCCCAAGGUCGCAACGCUUACUGGACUUAUCAAGGAUCUCUAACAACACCACCCUGUACCGAAAAUGUUACCUGGAUAGUUUUACGAGAUCCGAUCGAAAUUUCCUCUGAACAAAUUACAGCAUUCCGUGAUUUACAAUCACGCGAUGGCAAGAUGAUGGAUAACUUUAGGCCAGUCCAAUCGUUGAACAAUCGCCAAAUUCGAUCCACUUUUCGGCCAUAA